AUGGCCUUAUCACCGCCGCCGCUGCCCUCGCGAUUUCCGUGCUGGUGCCGAGCCAUCUAUUCUUGGGGAGGAGAGUCGAAACGCGAUCUUGGAUUCAUCGAAGGCGACUUGAUCGAAUGUCUGAAUGCAGGAGACGGCUCGUGGUGGGUGGGCAGGCUGUUUCGAGAUCGGAGGACUGUUGGCUCUUUUCCAUCCAACUUCGUCGAAGUGCUGCCAGAGGAUUUUCGGCCAACAAAAACACCGAGCCCAGUACCGCCCAAUAUAGCAGCGUCGGGACCCAAGACUGUGCCGCAGAAAUCGAGAACUUUCCGGAAACCAUUUGAGGCCUAUGCAAAAGCACCGCAUUAUACAACAGCGAAACAGCCGGAAACAUUUCGAGAAACACCGAGAUCACGGCUGCAAGACAAGCCCUCACGGGAGGCGACUGUAACGUCGCGAACCAGAGGAAACUCGACGCCGAAUCCAAGCACUGCGCUUGUCCUUGCAAGAAGUGCUCACGAAGAUAUCGCUCGCGCCCCUUCUCCUGCGCCUUUCCCUGCCAGUAGCUAUGGAUCAAGAGCUCCAUCACCGGCGCCGUCUAUUGGCCGUCCAGCAAGUCGUGUAGAGAAUAUAUCCCGAGGGGAUUCUCCACCGCCUCCGGCACCGCCCCCUCAUAGGCACGUUGCGCGGGCAGAUUCAACCGAUGCAACCCAAAACUAUCAGUCAAUAUCAAGAGCUGGCUCUACGGUUUCGUACAACCCGCGCGACAUCUCAAGACCAAGCUCCACCAUUUCCUAUAACCCAGCAGAUAUAGCGAGACAAGGCUCGACAGUUUCCUAUAAUCCAGCGGAUAUAACGAGGCACGGCUCUACCGUCUCAUACAACGCAGAAGAUAUAAUACCAAGACACGGCUCCGCUGUUUCAUAUGAUCACUACAAGCCAAGUCAGCGUCCUUCCAAUGGCUCCUAUACCGAUCUCCAGAAUACGUCAAGGCAGGCGUCGUAUACCUCAUAUGACGAUGGUUAUGGAAACCAGAGGGACGGAUACCACACACCUAGGGGUGGCAGCUCUCAUCGGCCAUCAAUGGAGGGGAGCCAUAUGACGCCGUCACCGUUACGUGAAGCCAUGGAUGGAGUAAUGCAGCAGCUGGAUCGAUUGGAAGGGUUAGGAGGGAUCCGAGAGACGCAGUCGCCUGAGAGACAGUUCGAUCCUUGGUCUCCCGAGUCCUUUGAUAUGGUAUCCCCACCACCGCCACAGCAGAGACAAAAGUCACGGCAGAGGGCUGCUAGGCCUCUGACGUCAGUAGGUGUUUUGAGUCCCGACGAAGGCUAUGAGACUUGGAGCGGAGGAUCAUCACAAAAUACCUCUCAGCAAGACGGCAAUCGUGAAAAAUUUUACGACCCGUCCCAGCUGAGCAAUUAUGUGGAAAGGAUGGAGAAGCAGAUUUCGAGAAUGCACCAGCACAGCAUCAGUAUGCCAGAGAACCUAGAUGACGACAAACCUCCGCCUCCGCCUCCAAAAGGCCAGCCUUACCCUCGACCCAAAUCGUCUGCUGGGUCAACGGUCGGGGAGUUGGUCUCCUUUGACAAGAAAGCGCCACGUGGGCGAAGAUCGGUGUACGAUAUGAUUCCGGGCAUCGAGCGCACCAAUACAACCAAAACAAACCAAACCAACGCUUCGACCGGCAAUCAGAGCAACAGCAGCUCUUCGACACAAAGCAGCGGUAGGACGCUGUGGAGUGGUGUUUCUGCUGGUGGGUUUAGUUCUACGAGCGCAGGAAGCUUAGCUCGGACGGCCCACCGUACUCAAAGUGCGCUUAGUAUGCGCAACGAUGAUGGCGAUCGGCCAGAUUCGCCAUUCACGGGCGUGACGUACCACAGCAGUCACGCCAGCAAUUUUGCCGGACAUGGAAGCAGCAUCGCCCGACCGAUAUCUCAGGUAGGCUUUCAUGAAGAACUCACCCCUGGAUUAGGUGGUCUCGUUGCGCCCAAGUCACCGAAAAGGAACAUCUUCAAGAAGAUCUUUGAAUCAGCCAAGACAGGCGUUGCUAGUAAUCGGGGAAGCAUAGCCGCUGGCCAUAUGCCUAUUGUGAGAUCGUCGCCAUUUUCUCGCCUGCAGCAGCCACAUAGUGUGUCGCCAGGAGCAAGCAUGGCCUCGUUGAGCGGCGCCCGAUCUAGGCGCGACGCCGCCCGAGAAAUGGGCCUUGGCGCUGGCGUUGACUGGGUCCAAGUCCGGCGUGAUGUAAACCGGUCCAACUCCAUCAGUAAGAUUGAACGAACUGAGCGAAUGGAGCGCUGUCAGAUGCAAGACCAUCCCACCCUCAAUCCUAUCGACGAGCUCUAUGAGGGCAUUGAAGGCGAUGAAGGAGCGGAUGGCAUGCCUGUUCAAAAACCGGAGAACUACCAUAUGAUUAAUCUUUCUCAAGUGGACAAGAAUUCUCGUUAUGUGAAGGAGCCGCCCCCGGGAACAACAGUGGCAACGCUCGCUCAGACUUAUAUUUGCAGGCCAUACAGGAGUGACCUACAGCGGCUCCGAGCAAUAUUCACCUGGGUUGCUGAGAAGAUAUGCUGGGAAGAAGAUUUUGAGGGCGAUGCCGAUACUCAGCGAACUAUCCAGGUAAGGCGAGGGUGCGCAGAAGAAUAUGCCAUGCUCGUCAUGGAAAUGUGCUCUGCAGUUGGACUGCAUUGUGAAGUGGUAAGGGGGUACUUGAAAGCCCCCGGUGAUGUACCGGACCUCAAUGUCAUGCCCAGGCCGAAUCACUGGUGGAACGCAGUCAUUGUUGACGAUGAAUGGCGCAUGAUCGAUGCUUGCCUCGCAAGCUCCUCCAACCCCAAGCGCGCUCUUUAUUCGAGCCUAAGCGGGCCGUCGGCGGAUCUCUGGUGGUUCCUCGCACGACCGACAGAGAUCUGCUGGACUCAUGUGCCAGAGCACCACGACCAGCAACAUAUUGUGCCUCCGGUGGCCUAUGAUACGCUAUUGAAUCUGCCAUGCGCAUGCCCGGCGUAUUUCAAGAAUGGACUCGAAUUGGUGGAUUUCAACACCAGCCUGACGAGGAUAGAAGACCUCGAAAUGGUCCACAUCAUGUUCAACGUGCCGAGCGAUGUUGAAAUCGCGGCCGAGGUUGAAGCACGGGCUUUCACCAAGGAUAACGAUGGCGAUCUGUUUGAGAGUGGCGAUAUUGUCAAGAAAAAGGCCUUGGCGCAGGCUGAGUGGUUCAACGGCGUGAAACGCUACACAGUAAAGGCGCUUCUGCCCGGCGAUGAAGGCCAGGGCGUUUUAAAGGUUUAUGCUGGCAAAAGGGGCUUGAUGCAGAGUAUCAAAGAUAUUCCUCAUCCUCUGGCCUUUACUCUCCCCAUCAUCCACACUGGUGAGAAUCCACCAUAUGAAUUUGUCACACGACAUCCGACGCCCCACGCACAAAGGCACGACAUCUAUGUUGUCCAGCCUCAAUGUCAGCAAUUGGCUCUCAACAAUACCUUUGUCUUUGCCAUCAGGCAGCACCCCAGCUCCCUUUCAGGUAGCGCACAAUCAGCUCUCACGCCAGCAUCAAACCCUGGAUCGACAAGCCCUGUGCCUUUUGCUCGACCAUCAUCUGCGAUGAGCGUCAACGCUUCUAGUGCAAGCGGUAGUUCGGCUAGCGGCACUGUUGCGGGAAAGAAGCCAGCUAAGCUGGCAAUUCAGACACCAGGAGGCAAGAUUCUCCGUCUUAUGAGGAAAGAAGACCGCAAAGGGAUCAGCGUUGGAUCGAGGACCCCGGACGAGGAAGUUAGCGACGGUGGUACCUGGGAGACAAUCAUCAAGUGCUCCGAAAAGGGCAUUUGGAGAGGUCUCAUGCAACAGCAGAUGGCGCAGCCGCAGAGCCAGAACCAGCAGCAGCAGCAGUUCCAACACCAUGGCCAGCAGUCCAUGUAUGCGGGCGGCAUGGGCCACGAGCAGCAGUUCUAUCACCACCAGAACCCGCAGCGGCAGCCUCAGCACGGCAUGUACAUGCAGCCGCAGCAGUUCCAGCAGCCGGCGCAUCAGCACCAACCGCCAAUGUCGGCAUACAACGUUGGCUUCAACGGGUACCCCGAGUACAAUGCUUCAGCGCAAGUCGGAGGCCACCAAGGCCAUCAUUUGCAGCAGGCGACGAACCAAUAUCUACCGCCGAGUAACGUAUGGCAACAGCAUCAUCAGCAGCCGCAACAGCAGCCGCAACAGCAACAGCCCCAGCGGCAGCAGAUGACACCGCAGCCGAUGCAGCAUCAGCCUCUUCCCAACCAACGUCUUCCGCACCAACCUCUCCCUCAUCAGGCUUUGCAGCAGCAACAACAACAACACCAGCAGCAACAGCACCAUUCGAUGCAGCAGCCUCUCCAACAGGUCCAUCGGCAACAACAACAUCAACCAUCUCCUGUAUAUCAUUCGCAGUCGCCCGCGCCGUCUCUUCCACCACAGCCAUCGCCUAUUCGAACUCCCGCGCCGCCGCCCCCACGACCGCAAGCUACUCCCCAGCCGUCACAAUACCAUUCACCUGUGCCUCAGCCGUCGCCGCAGAGAGAGCAACAGCGACCGCAGCAAGGAGAGCAGCAGCAGCAACAACAAUAUCGACAGCCUACUCCGCAGCAGCAGCAUCAGCAGCAACCGCGGCAGCAGUCGCAUACUCCCCUCCAGCAGGAACCGGUACACUAUGUCAAUAUGCAAGAUAUUCAAAAACAGCCGUCGAUGACCUAUUUACCUAUAUCAACGGCGACGUUAUCGAAUAUCCCGGUUGCCAGCCAUGAAAAGCCUAAAGAGUCUAUUGUCAAGCCGCCACCUCCCAGUGCAGCUCCAAUCAAGCAAGAGAAGCAGGAAGAUGGCUCUAUACCGACUCGGGUACUUCAACAAGCGCCCGAUGGUCGCAUUAAACCCAGUCCACACUCUUCAAUGACAAACUCACCCUCGCUUUCCAUGAGAUCUCCGAGUAUCACGAAGAAGUCACCUGCAAUAACACCUAAACCUCGACCUGUCAACACAGCACCCUUAAUGAUAGCCAUUGCAGAAGAGUGCCUUGAAAAAGCGCGAAUCGCCUCGCACGAUGUAGCCAUGGCGUUGUGUCCAAACCAAGUGAGCGAGUACCAGGAGUUAAUAGCAACGGCGCUAUCGUGUCUAGAGGCUGCUUUGCAAGGCAACAACCAACUUGCGCCGCGAGAGGAGGCGCGUGUACGAUUGCGAUAUGCUGCGCUUUUACAGGAAGAGACGGAGAAUUUAAUGGAGGCUGAGACAGCUUUGGCAAAGGGAAUUACGCUUUGCGACAAGCACCGUUUGUUUGAUUUAAAGUAUUGCAUGCAGUAUCUCAUGUUGAAGGUCUUAUUCCAGAGGAAUCAUAAAGCGGCAUUAAAAGCGGUAGACGGUCACAUUUCUAAUUGCGAAGUAUUUAAACAUGUACAGUGGUAUUACGCCUUUCGGUUAUUAAAAGCUUCCUUUUAUCUUGGUGUUGGGAUUACAGACGCUGGUGCCCUCGAAAACAUACGAUCUAUUCAAAAUGUCGCCAAUACCAGAGGCGACACUGCGCUCUCUGUUCUCGCCUCACUAAUAGAGGGCUUCACUCUUCUCAAGACGGCCAAGGACGGCAACAUGGAAAAGAUACAAGCCUGCAUCGCACAGGUCGCCAAAUAUCAAUUUGACCCAUCAGUGCAGAUAACGCAGCUCACCAUGUUGACUCUGCUACUAGAAGUUGCUGCAAGCCUGCAUCAUCAGAACCCGGACCACACAGCCCAGAAAUUACGGCAGCUACAGACGUGCCUAGAUGACUGCGAGGACUGGCAUAAUGUCAAAUCUGAUUUUCUGGUACCGAUCAAGAAGGAGUUGUCUGCAGCCAAGACUGUAAGCGGUGACACUCAGGCGAUUCUUCGCUUGGGCGAAGGUGAGGGCGAAAUGGAUCAUUUGGUCAUGACGUUUAUGACGAAGGUGGAGCUGAGGUCGCUCGUAUUUACCAUCAGCGGUUUGGUCAACUUUCAUAAGCCUUCCUCACAAGGGCGCAGGUCAACAGAGUUCUGGAAAGAAGGCUUGAAGAUCUUACAAACAUGGGACUCUUCGACGGCUGGCAUUCCAUACGGCGCCCCUGUUCCUCUAAACGUGGCGAUCAAGCAGCGAGCCUGGCGGACAGAGGCUCAAGCAUACUUGAAUGUUCUCUUGGGGUUGGUGGCAGCGAGUCACUGCCAAUGGUCAGAUGUUAAACAAAUGGUCCAAACUCUUGGGUCUCUUGUCUCGCCCUCAACGCAGCCUACUGUGAGAUUACUCGCCAUCUAUCUGAAGGGUGUAUAUUUCCAAGGCAUUGGCCAACUUCAGCAAGCUCUCGACAUCUUCUUAAAUAACCAAUUUGCAGUCCAGCAACAGGGAAGCACUGGUAUCAAAGCCGGACACCAAGAAAUUGCUCUUCUUGCAGGACUGAACAGGCUCUGGAUUAUGCAGCACCCUUCUUGUCGAAAUGACCAGACAACGCAAGAUUUAAUCGAGCAGCUUCAGCCUCACUGCACUAACCACACCAACAUUGAUCUCCGAACCGCUUGGCACAACGUCAUGGCCGCCAUAGUGACGGACCCUCCCCAGCAACUCAACCAGCAAAAGCAGCACAUACACGCCGCCAUGGCAGGCUCCAAGGUCACUAGUAACGUCUUGGGAGCUGCCGUCACGCUGUGCAUCAUGCGGAGCCGCUUCUUCGAAAACGUCAUUGGCGAGCAGGCUCUGAAGAGCGCCCGAGCGGCGGCCAAGCAGGCACAGAGGAGCGGCAACGUCCUGUGGCAGAGCGUCGCUGAUGGCAUGCUGGCGCAAUCGUAUGAGGUACAGGGGCACAGAGACGAGGCUAAACAGGAGUGGGACAAGGCGACAGAGGAAGCUAGAGACGCGUUUUCUCGAAGUCUAUGAUUUGUUUUGUGGAAAGGGCAUUAUGCAUGAAAAAAGCAGGAAUCAGAUAUGGUGUAAUUUUGCAAUUUACGACGGAGAGAAUAAUGUUUUGUUACGGAGGAGUUGAGGGGCUUAUUUUUUUUUUCGGUACUGCUGUUUGUCUUUGCUUUGGUUUUCACAACUGGUUUUCAUUUGAACUUGACCUUUUUAGCCAGUGGGAGGAGCAUUAGUUGUUGGAUGAUUAUACAGUGAACGGGAUCCUGUUACUUACGAGACAACAAACCAAAAAAUCUCCUGUACAAUACCUGGAUGCAGAACAUGGUUGUUAUUAAACUUUUGGGAGGAAAGGAGUCAUAUCAGGGUGUUUAUAUAGAUACAAGAAGAAGAAAAAAAAGUCCUUGAGUUGAGGAAAGAGUCUUCAAAAUGUUUCUCUCCCCCCCUUUUUUAAAAAUCCCAGACUAUUACAUGUUUUGAUGGUAUUGUGUCUAAAAUGGCUUAUUUCUUUUCAUCGCCCCUCCUCUUGCCUAAACUGAAAUCAAUGUCCGCCUUG